AUGGAUUCCGCAAGUCUUUUAGGAUGCGAGAGGAUCAAAUCUGCCAUCCUCAGUGAAGCCCGCGCAGUGUUCGCAGCCUCGCUUCAAACUUUCCACAGCAAGCCACUCGAAUUUGACGUCGUUGUUGAGAGCACAAUAAACGGCAUCUCACACUCGUACAAAGCCCGCGUCAUCGCAUACGACUGCAGUAGUCUGAUAACCUAG